AAAAUCUUACCAGUUCCUCCUGGCUUAUUCCCUCAUAUUCUCUCUCUCUCCCUCUUAACCAACACAUUUUCUCUCAUUUUUUCUUUUCGAAGCUUUCGUUUAGCAAGAACUGGCUAACUCUCAGGAAAUUCUGGAGGAGAGUGGUUCUAGUAAUCAAAGGGUGGUUCGCGCCCUGUAUGAAGCCUUGAGCUCCCGAGACGUGGACAAGGUUCACCGCCUGCUCUCGCCGGAUCUAGAUUGGUGGUUCCAUGGUCCGCCGUCACACCAGUUCUUGAUGCGAUUGCUCACCGGUGUUUCAUCACCAGACGACGUCGAUUUCCAAUUUCAGCCCCAAUCCUUCGCCUCAUUCGGACCCACCGUCCUUGUCGAAGGCUGCGAUUCCGAUCUGUCCAUAGCUUGGGUUCACGCCUGGACCGUGACGGAUGGGAUAAUUACCCAGGUUAGGGAGUACUUCAACACUUCCCUCACCGUCACCCGCCUCGGCGAUUCUUCCUCCUCUUACGGCCAAUACUCACCGUUGGGAUUCGCUUCGUCGUCUUCCUCAUCCACGGCCGAGAUUGCGUCUUACCACUGCCCCUCCGUCUGGGAGAGUAGCCUCUCCAACCGGGUCGGGAAGUCGGUGCCGGGUCUUGUCCUGGCGAUUUGAGAGCCCGAAAAUCAAAAUCUCUCUGAUCUAGUGCACCCGUGCCUAUUGUAAUAUACUACAGUAAAUAAAAUAGGGUGCUUACGUGGCUGGCCCUGGUUGGGCGUGAGCUUAUGGUCUGAGAUUUGAAUUGUGGAGUGAGUCGGAGUCAGGGAGAUGUAGGUCCCAGUAGCGUCUGUCUUGCUUUUCUGGUGACUUGGUAGUUUUACUUUUAGUUGGACCGUUUCGUUUUGUCUUGGAGUAUCAACUUUCUUAUUGUCGUGUUUUUAUAUAGUGUGUGCUGGUGUCGGGUUCAAACCAUGGGGAUGAUGAGAUUCUAUUGUUCUUUUCCCGAAGCGUCUGUAAUGUGUUGCUCUGCUUUUCUAAUAAAGAUGCGUUUUGAUAAUGUUAA